AUGCAGCUCCUCAACUACCUCCCCGUUGCUCUCACCACCCUCGGCCUCACAGCCUCAGCUUCUCCUCUCCGCCGUGCUGACAGCCCAGCCCUAACCUGGCACGUCUCCAACUUCACCACUGGCUGCUCCCCGGCCGCCUGCACCUACACCUUCAACAUUUACGGCGUCGCUACGGCCAACACUCCCGGUUUCAAUGCCACUUGCACUGGUAACUCCAACAACACCGCCCUGACUGCCUGUGGUGGCAACCCUCAGGUCCAGUCCCGCAUCCAGCCCGCUACCUACCCGGAAUGGAACAUCCGAGUCGAGCAUGCCUGGACUCUGCCCGGCGACAUGGAAUUCUAUGCUUAUGGCGAGACCAAUGUCACCUCGCCGACACCGAAGUUCACCAUUCCUGUCACGGAGGAAUAUGGUGUUGCUUAA